AUGGCCAGACUGGGUCCGAAUGGUGGAGCAAUGCCGGGCCAGCUCAGACAUUUGCGCUUCGUGUUGGACCGAGAAAGACAGGAGGUGAUCAUGUACAGCGAUGAUGUGAUGAUGGUACCCGCAGGUGCAGAGCCUGGGCAAUUCGGUGUUCCUGUGGGCGGCGGUGCGUGCAGGGACUACAGCAACGUGCAAAAUGGCUCCCUGGUGUGUCCCAGUGUGCACCCUCCGGUGUCAGAGAUGCACUUGAGGGUGGUGGAGCUGGUUGUUUGGCCGGAAGCCAGCUUAGAAGUGAGGUGCUGGCACCGGCAGAAUAUUGGCAGUCCGGCCCUCGGCUUGAAGGAUUCAGAGGUUCCACCGCUGGAAGAUCAGAUCAGGAUUGCGGCCAACAUUCUAUGGCAGCAGGCCAUUCAGACUGAGCGGAAGGCCGCGGUGCAGUGGGAAGAUUCCUGGGGAUUCUUGAGAGCCGAACGCCAAGACGUCCCUGGGGCCCUGGCACAUUCCUCAUCAGCUGGAAACUUAGUCGACACCGAAGGUAUGUCGCGCUCUCAAGCCCUGAUGGGUCUACGGCUAAAUGUUCCCCGAGACCGCUUUCGAAAACCUGCGAGCACGCAGCAGGAGCUAGGCUGGCGGCAGCCAUUGGAACGUGGAGGAUUGCGUUUCAACUACGGUUUGAAACACGACGACGGCAUUUGGCCCCUGGCAGAUAUUGCUCCAUGGCCCGCGCGUGCUGCGCAUAUGGCAGUGCCUCUGCCAGAUGGGGCCAGGAUCUCAAUGCGCCGAAAUGGUGAUAUCUGGACUUGCGUGCCUUGGCCACUCCGCGAGCACUUGCAGCCCCACGUGCCACAACUACCCGGAGCUCUCGUGGAUUGCCGCCACGAAGCGGAAGUGAGCUCGUUUGCGGAGCAGCUGUUGCUACAGCCGCAUGCCGCGCGUAUGGGAAACGCCGCAGCAAGAGGAGAGAAGGUCCGCGAAGCCUACAUCAAGUUCUUUGUGGAUAAGAAGAAGCAUGACUUUGUUCAGUCCAGCCCUGUGGUGCCGCUGAGCGAUCCUACCCUUCUGUUUGCCAAUGCUGGCAUGAAUCAGUUCAAACCAAUCUUCUUGGGACAACUGGAGCCCAACAGCCCGCUGCAAGGCGUCACCAGAGCCGCCAACAGUCAGAAAUGCAUACGUGCAGGUGGUAAACACAACGAUUUAGAUGAUGUGGGAAAGGAUGUGUACCACCACACCUUCUUUGAGAUGUUGGGAAACUGGAGCUUUGGCGACUACUUCAAGGAGGAGGCGAUCGACUGGGCCUGGGAGCUCUUGACCGAGGUUUACGGCUUGGACGAAGAGCGGCUCUAUGCCAGCUAUUUUGGUGGCGAUGAGGAGCUUGGACUACCCGAAGACCUAGAAGCCAAAGAGCUUUGGUUGCGGCAUUUGCCAGAAAGCCGUGUGCUUCCCUUCGGCAAGAAGGACAACUUCUGGGAGAUGGGUGCUACAGGCCCUUGUGGACCUUGCUCAGAGCUGCACUAUGAUCGACUGGGGAGCCGAGACGCGGCAGCUCUGGUGAAUGCAGAUGAUCCCGAUGUCAUCGAGAUUUGGAACCUGGUCUUCAUGCAAUUCUUCCGUGGUGAUGAUGGACGUUUGACGGAACUUCCCAAUCGACACAUUGACACGGGAAUGGGCUUGGAGCGAGUUACCUCGGUCCUCCAAGAUAUGAGGAGCAACUACGACACUGACAUUUUUGGUCCUUUGUUGGCCGCAGUGCAUGACUUGGUCGGAGGUGAACCUUAUGAGGGCAGGGUGGGUGCUGAUGAUGUGGGGAUGAGGGACACCGCAUACAGAAUUGUUGUUGACCACGCUCGAACCCUCACCAUGGCAGUCGCAGAUGGUGCAACGCCAUCCUCUGAAGGACGUGGCUAUGUCCUACGCCGCAUUUUGCGCCGAGCGGUCCGCUACGGCCGCUCCAAGUUGGAUGCACCUCCGGGGUUCUUUAGCAAGUUGGUGCCCAAGGUGGUGGAGUCCUUGAGUCCGGGGUUUCCGGAUCUGACCAAAGCCGCUGGAGAGCGAGUGCAAGGAAUUCUGCAGGAUGAAGAGGUGGCGUUCGACCGCACAGUGGAUCGCGGCAUGCAGUUCUUCGAUGGGCUGAAGGCUGAAUUGGAGAAGGAGGGUGCUAAGGUGGUGCCUGGCGACCAGGCGUUCCUGCUCUACGACAGCCACGGCUUUCCCUUGGACCUCACUGAACAAAUGGCGCUGGAAUCUGGGCUUUCGGUGGACAUUGCAGGCUUUGAGGCUGCGAUGGAACAACAGAAGGAACGUUCACGUGCUGCGCUGCGUGAGCAGCAGGCACAAGAACAAGGUCUACGACCUCUGCAAUUGGUAGCUGAACAAACUGCUUGGCUCAGUGAUGAAAAGAUCCCAGUGACUGACGACCUGAAGAAAUAUACCUGGAAUAUCCGUCCCUCAGCUCGGGUCGAAGCUAUCUACACACAGCAAGGAUUUGUCAACUCCAGUGCCGAGAUCAAGGAUCAGAGUGCUUCUGUCGGAAUCGUACUGAACACCAGUCCCUUCUACGCAGAGGCUGGUGGCCAGGUAGGAGAUCUGGGGCUGCUGACCAAUGAAGAUGGAGAAGAGUUGAUGAAGGUGAAGGUGGUGCAGGUCUUUGCGGGCUACGUGUUGCAUGUGGGGCCAAUGCCGGUAACCUGUGCAGUAGGCGAUGAGGUCUUCUGCGAGGUGGACUAUGAGCACCGGAGCAAGGUGGCUCCCAACCAUACCAUGACCCACGUGCUCAACUGGGCCCUGCGAGAGGUUCUGGGGGAUGGGCUCGAUCAACGCGGUUCUUUGGUCACAGCUGACAGGUUGCGCUUCGACUUCAGCUAUGAAGCGAGCAGCGGUGUUUCAGUGGCUGACCUUGAGAAGGUUGAAACUUUGGUCCAGAAAACGGUGGAUGCUGGCCUACCGGUCACAUCGAAAGAGGUCGCUCUGGCGGACGCGCAGGCCAUCUAUGGACUGCGCGCUAUGGCUGGAGAGGCAUAUCCAGAUCCUGUCCGUGUGGUCACCGUAGGUUCCCCGAUCGAGGAGGUACUCCAAAGUCCUGGGGCUGAGAAAUGGAGGGCGCAGUCAGUGGAGUUCUGCGGUGGAACCCACAUUGCAACCACUUCGGAAGCGAAGCAUUUCGUGCUGCUGGAGGAAAAAGGCAUCGCCAAGGGAGUGCGGAGGAUCUUUGCAGCGACUGGAGCAGUGGCAGAGACAGCUCUCGAGGAAGCGCAGCGCGUGGAAAAAAGGAUGAACGAGUUGGAAAGCUCUAGCGUGGAGGAGGAUGCCUUAAUGGCCCUGCAGAAGGAUUUGGACAGCCUGGUGCUCCCAGCCGUGCCCAAAUCGCAGCUGCGAGACCGCUUGGGAGAACUCCGGAAGCAGUUGAAAAAGAAACAAAAGAAGAAGAAGAAGGGCAAAGUUAGCAAAGAAGAGCAAGCGGCCGCAUUAACAGAGCUGAAGGAGGCAGUGGCAGAGGCCAAAAGCCUUGGCAAGAACUUCUGUGUGAAGACCUUCCAGGGCGCAGGUGUGGAUGGCAAGAGCCUCCGCGAAGCAGCUCAGGGAGGUGAAUUUGAUAUCGCCGUCAUGGUGCUGAACCAGCCGAGCCCUAAAGCAUUAGAAUGCCUGGCUGCUGUGCCAGAAGCACUGCAAUCGGAGAAAGCUGCCGGAAAGUGGGUGCAGGCGGCACUUGCGACUGUGGGUGGAAAAGGUGGAGGGCAAGCGGCCUUCGCGCAAGGAGCGGCCAAGGGAGUUGAGGAGGAGGCUCUGCAGGUAGCUGCGGAGGCUGCACGGAACUUCUGA